AUGUCUGAAUUUCGGACGCCUAUAAAAACAAAUAAAGCAAUCGAUCCCGAGGAAACAAUAACGAUACCACCUUCACCAUUUUUAAAUAGACUUGGAUAUGGCACAGGUGUGUCAGUAAUGCAACUUGUGAGGUCGCCCAGAGCUGGUCAGAUACGUUCUCCCUGGGCUUUAAAGAUGUUAAACAAACGAGUUAAACCAAAUAGAGUAUACACGGACAGAAUUCAAGCUGAAGCAGAACUUCUUAAACGUAUGUCUCAUCCAAACAUAGUAGGUUUCAGAGCAUUCAGUAAAGGUAAAAUAUUGUAUUUGGGCAUGGAAGCAUGUGACCUGUCAUUGGGAGAUAUGAUUGAAAACAGAGUUGAAGAAAGCUGCGAGCCAUUUUCGCCUAAGCAGAUUUUAAAGGUAGCAUUAGAUAUAGGGAAAGCUCUUGACUACUUACAUACUAAAAUGCAAAUUUUGCAUGGAGAUAUCAAGUCAUACAAUAUUCUGGUGAAUGGUGACUUUGUUAUUUGCAAAUUGUGUGAUUUUGGAGUGACAUUGCCAUUAGAUGAGAACGGGGUUUUUGAUAAGAAGAAGAACAAGACUACACUAUAUUAUGGCACUGAAGCAUGGAGUGCACCAGAAGUGAUCCACGGAGGCGAAAUCUCAAAUAAGACAGAUAUAUGGCCGCUCGGGCUUACCUUCUGGGAGAUGAUGGCACUAAUGCCACCACACUCUAUGGACGAAACGCUGGAUGAAAGUAUUUGUAGCGAUCAGAGCAUGGAUGAAGACUACUUUAGAGAAAAAUAUGGCACCCGUCCCCCGCUGCCGGUGAACAUCUGCCCGACAGCAUACACCGGAGCCCUAGCGCUGUACUGCGCGUGCACGGCGCCCGCGCCGCAACGCCCCGCCGCCGCAGACCUGGCCCGAGCUGCGGAACACUUCUUACACGAGUUGGGUACCAGUUGUGGCUCUACUGUAUCUGCU